AUUUGCUUGAUUGUAAGCUAAUUUUUCAUGGCCUCUUUUCACCAUAGAUGGAGUUUGACAAUGUUCUUGGUGGUUGCAACAUUAGCAAUCAUCGAUCGAGCAAAUGGCGCGGGCUAUGGUGACACCCCUAGGGGCUUUCAAGCAACAGCUUGGCAACCCUCUCAUGCUACGUUCUAUGGCGAUGAGAGUGCUUCAGCUACCAUGGGGGGAGCUUGUGGAUUUGGAAAUUUGGUCACAUCAGGUUAUGGAACAGAUACAGCAGCAUUGAGCUCAGUAUUAUACAACAAGGGAUUUGCAUGUGGACAAUGUUUCCAAAUAAAAUGUGUGCAGUCAGACUCUUGCUACUCAACAAUUGUAACAGUGACAGCAACAAAUCUCUGUCCACCAAAUCCUGCACAAGACAGUAACAAUGGUGGUUGGUGUAAUCCACCUAGAACACAUUUUGAUAUGGCCAAACCUGCUUUCAUGAAAAUUGCUCAAUGGAAGGCUGGAAUUGUCCCUGUUUCUUAUCGCAGGGUACCCUGUGUUAAAAAAGGUGGAAUCAAGUUUAGUCUCCAAGGAAAUGGGUAUUGGUUAUUGGUAUAUGUGAUGAAUGUUGGUGGAAGUGGAGAUAUUGCAAGUAUGUGGGUGAAGGGAACUAAAACAAGUUGGUUAGCUAUGAGCCAUAAUUGGGGAGCUUCAUAUCAAGCAUUUGCAACUCUAAGUGGCCAAACACUUUCUUUUAAGAUCACUUCUUACACAUCUAAAGAAACAAUUAUAGCUACUAAUGUUGCACCUUCUAGUUGGCAAGUAGGAAUGACUUAUCAAGCCAAUGUCAACUUCAACUAAUGAUCAUGUAGUCCUAUGUUUUUUUGGACUUCUCAAGCAUUUAUUCUUGAUUUUUU